GCAAGGGGCAGAAACAGGGCAAAUACCUCCCUCCAAGCCUGCUAGCAGCCGGGGCGGCGGGGAGGAGCGAGACUGGAAGAAGUGGGAGUGGUGGAGGCAGCUGCCUGGUUCGGAGAGCGCAGCCAGAGCCAGAGGCAGCGAGGGAAGUGCUGCCGCGGCAGCGUGUCUGCAGCACCUCUCCCACCAUGGCCAAGCCAAGUCUCUCCGUCUCGCUGGCGAUGAUGCUGAGCGUGUGCCUGGCCGUGGGGAGCCCCAGCACAGUGGAUCCCUGCUGCUACUUCCCCUGCCAGCACCAAGGCGUGUGCGUGCGGGUCGGCCUGGAGGGCUACGAGUGUGACUGCACGCGCACCGGGUACUUCGGGACCAACUGCACCCUGCCUGAGUUCUGGACGCGCAUCCACAAGCUGCUGAAGCCCAGCCCGGCUUUCUACCACUUCGUGCUGACCCACUUCAAGUGGUUCUGGGACAUCAUCAACAGCACCUUCAUCAGGGACACGCUGAUGACGCUGGUGCUGAAAAUCCGGGCCAACCUGAUCCCCAGCCCCCCCACCUACAACUCGGACUACGGCUACAUCAGCUGGGAGGGCUACGCCAACGUGAGCUACUUCACCCGCGUCCUGCCGCCGGUGCCCGAUGACUGCCCGACGCCCAUGGGGACCAAAGGGAAGAAGGAGCUUCCCGACCCCCAGCUCCUGGCUGAGAGGUUCCUGCUCCGACGGACGUUUGAGAAGGACCCGCAGGGCACCAACCUGAUGUUCGCCUUCUUCGCCCAGCACUUCACUCACCAGUUCUUCAAGACAUCCGGGAAGAUGGGACGCGGCUUCACCAAGGCUCUGGGCCAUGGGGUGGAUCUCGGGCACUUGUACGGGGACACCCUGGAGCGUCAGCACCAGCUGCGGCUCUUCAGAGACGGGAAGCUCAAGUACCAGGUGGUGGACGGGGAGGUGUACCCGCCCACGGUGCUCCAGGCGCCAGUGCACAUGAUCUACCCCAACGGCACCGCCCAGCACCAGCAGCUGGCCGUGGGCCAGGAGGUGUUUGGGCUCCUGCCCGGGCUGAUGAUGUACGCAACCCUCUGGCUCCGCGAGCACAACCGCGUCUGUGACAUGCUGAAGCAGGAGCACCCGACGUGGGGCGACGAGCAGCUCUUCCAGACGGCCCGGCUCAUCCUCAUCGGGGAGACCAUCAAGAUCGUCAUCGAGGACUACGUGCAGCACCUGAGCGGGUACUUCCUGCGCCUGAAGUUCGACCCCGAGCUGCUGUUCGGGGUGCAGUUCCAGUACCGCAACCGCAUCGCCGUGGAGUUCAACCAGCUCUACCACUGGCACGCGCUCAUGCCGGACGCCUUCGUCAUCCAGGGGCAGGAGUACAGCUACAAGCAGUUCAUCUACAACACCACCAUGCUCACGGACUAUGGCAUCGAGGAGCUGGUCGAGGCUUUCUCCAAGCAGCACGCCGGACGGAUCGGCGGGGGACAGUCCAUCAACGGCAACCUCCUGAAAGUAGCCAUCGGGCUCAUCAACGAGUCCCGGCAGCUGCGGCUGCAGCCCUUCAAUGAGUACCGCAAGAGGUUCGGCAUGAGGCCCUACGCAUCCUUCCAGGAGCUGACAGGAGAGGAGGAGAAGGCGGCGCAGCUGGCGGAGCUGUACGGCGACAUCGACGCCCUGGAGUUCUACCCGGGGCUGCUGCUGGAGAAGCCGCAAGCCAACGCCAUCUUUGGGGAGAGCAUGGUGGAGAUCGGGGCCCCCUUCUCCCUCAAGGGGCUGCUGGGGAACCCCAUCUGCUCCCCCGAGUACUGGAAGCCCAGCACCUUCGGCGGCGCCACCGGCUUCGCGCUGGUGCAGACAGCGUCGCUGCAGAAGCUGGUGUGCAACAACGUGCGACGGUGCCCGUAUGUGUCCUUCCACGUGCCGGACCCCAGCCCGGAGCCGGCUGAGCACAGCGCGGCCCAGCCCUCCACAGAGCUCUAGCAGUGCCGCCGCGGGGAGAGGGCACCGCGUCUGGGCCCGAGGCCACGUCAGCUACCGCCGCCCGGCCAACCAGCUCCAGUGCUCCCCGCUGGAGCCAGACCCAUGCCGAGGAGGGGACAGUGGUCCUGACCCGUGUCUCGGGCGCUCUCCACACCAGCUGCAGGGGCCGAGUGGGAGAGGCUGGGAACUGGCUUGCGGAUGCGUCUGUCGCAGCUCCUGGGAUACGUCUGCACGCUGCUGCUGCUGCUGCAAGUAGAAACGAGGCUGCUGUCAGGCAUUGAGCAUCACCUACCCUGCCGCAUGCUGGCUGCUGGUCACCGCGGUGCUUCCCCUCUCGGCUCUGGGUCCCCUGCCCAGGCCCUGCUGAGUGGGCGCCCGAGGUCCCAGAGGAAGAGAGGGACGUUUCCUGUUCUGCAUCUGCCGGGAAACUCCUUUCCGGAGGAGAGAGGUACGGUUCCCAUGGCCCACCUGCAGCACUGCUCUGCUCGCCAGCCCCACGCACUGACCCGCCCUGGGCUCUCGCCCCCGCGCCUCCCCCGUCCCCUUUCUGCUGUCACAUGCGUGGGUCCCAUCCGCGGGCUGCCGGGCAGGUGCUGAGGCAAAGGGGAGCUGGUUUGCUUGGGGUCGGUGGCUGCUCUGCACAUUGUGAGAGUGUUUUGUUCCAUGCCAGUAAAGGAGGCGACAAGUUCAUCUCCCAGCAGGUGGAAGACAGGAAACAUCCCUCAUUUCCUUCAGAUCUCAGGCGCCAACUCAGCAGGUCCCAGGCUGGGGACCCGGAAGCAAGAGGGGAAACGCCGUGGUGGCCAGCAUACAGUACGUAGCAGGGUGGGCCAAGGGUCUGGCGAUGCUCAGUAGCCAACCGCAGCCUCGCCUCUGCCCACCCCAGCAUGGACGUGUCCCAGGAGCUACGACGGGCACGUCCACGAGUCUGCUCCCAGCGUCUCGCUCUAUUUGCCGCCUCUGCUAUCACGCUGGGUUUCCCUACCCCAGCCCCAGCUCCGUGGGCUGCAGGGCUUCCCAGGGUGCAGCGCCCCCGGGCAGAGCAGGGACCGGCCCUGCGCCAUGCGGCCUGUGCUGAAGUCCCAGCUGCAUAAAACAUUCAGUCCUGCCCUUCAGGGGACCAGGGAAUCGUGGUGGGGAGAGUAAAUGAAAGUGCCAGGUGCCGAUCUCAAGGUGCCUGCGCUGUACGUGGUGCAGGUCUGUGCUGGAAAACCUGAGCACUAGUCACCGCCAGGGGCAGGCACAUGUCACCCCCCCACCCUGGGGGGGUCAUCCCACCCCCCUCUCCAUUGCAAUAGGAGCUGUUAUCCCACCUGGAAUCAAGUUGGGUGGGAUUGUUUGCCGGCAGCCUCUCCACAGCCUUCACAGCCCCCCAGGAAUGGGACUUUGCAGUAUGAAAGGUGAAGCCGCAGUCUUGGAACUGGCCCCCAUUUAUUCUCUGAACCAAGAGCAUCCCAGCACCCAUUGCAGUCUGUGAUUGUGAUGAUGCCUCCACACCAUGGCACCUCCCAGGACCAGAGCAGGCACCGCUGCCGCUUCCUUGCUGCCCGUGGCUCGGUGAGCUGUGCUGGGGCUUGGUGGAUGAGGCAGCAGGGAGAUGCCAGGAGGGAAUGUCUCAGCAGCUAGGCAGGGUGAAGGAGCAGCAGGAAGAAGAACAGGCCACGGCCAGUGGCAAGGAAGUUUUGACCCACUGCAGCCCGUGGACCCUCCAGGCCGGCAGCUGCUCCCAGCUAUGCUUUGCUAGAGUCCGCUGCAGUUUUGUUCUCUACCCAUCUGGAGCAGGCCUGUGUUGCUCUGGUCACAGAUAACUCCUGGGCCCUGCGAGAGAGACAGGAUUGCAUCAUGGAGGCCACAUGGGCAGCCAAUGUGCAAGACACCGGGGGUGCAAGGCUCAGCACCAGCAUCUCAGAAGCUGCGUGGCAAGGACUCACUUCUGCCCGCACUGGAGUGCACUUGUGGUGGCGGCAGAAGCGCUCACAUACCGGGGUCCAGCGAUGCAGCAGGCGGCUGGGAUGCUGCCUCUGGCAGGGGUGGCUCAGAGGCAUUUGGUGCGGCACCUGCAGCCGAGCGCACCUCUGCCGGGCGGAGGCGGAUAUCGAUGGUAACGGCCAGCACGGCACCAGCCUGCUCCCCGGGAGGGAGGCACGCAGACGUCUCAGGCCGGUAGAGGUGCAGAGUGGUGCAGACGUGUGUGGGCACAGCAGCUUCGUCAGCUCCCCCAUCUGGUCUCCUUCCAUGGGGGUCCUCAGCUGCAGCAGAAGAUGUGGCUCCACUGGGGCUGGGGCAGCGUCCCUGGGGACUGGUUUCGCUCUGCACCGAUGCUUGUGAACCCUGAAAGAGCAGCAUGUGCAUCAGAAGGAGCAGACGGGAUGGGGUAUGGCUGGGGUAACUCAGCCCCACUGCAAAGCAGGAGCAAGUAGGCAGCUGAAACCAAGCUCCAGAUUAGCUGCAGGUCUCGCUCAGCAUCUGCUACUGCCUCUGCCAGCAUGUGAGGGCAGAUCGCUGGCCAACAGGCAGCUCCCAACUGGAGCAAAAUGCAGGGCCCUAGCAGGAACAGGAGCCUCAUUGCAAGAAGACUGGCAGGGGCCAACUCACGGAUACCCAGUGCAGACAGGCAAUGAGUGCAGGACAGGACAGGGCUGGCAGCAGGGAUCUGAGCACAGCACUACUGCACAAGGGCUCAGGGAGCUGCAAAGAGUGGGCAGCCCAGUCGCGGGGACAGCCCUCAUGCAUGUUACCUCUGGCCGGGCCUGCAUUGCCCCCGUGGGAGCUGUGGGGCCAGGGCCUUCCAGGCUGGGGGGGGCAGGGGUCUCAUCCAGGCUCAGGGUGUCGAUGGCACACUCCACUUCAAAGGCCCUGUGGAGUGAGGAGGUGUCAAGGACGGCCUCAGGGACCCCAGGCCCUGCCCCACCUCGCCGUGCAGGUAGCCCUUGGGGCUGCUGACCGGUCCCUGGGAGACGUGCACACCCCCAACCCCCGCAGCCCAGGCCCAGGGAAGUCCUUGAUGUGGCCUGGAAGCAUUGGCCUCUCCAUCCCUGCAUGCUGGGCUGUUGGGGCUUUCCCACGGGGGCCAGGACGUGAGCUGCAGCCAGCGCGCCUGCCCUGAACCCAGCUCACCUGUUCUCAUAGGCUCCGUCCACCUCCAGGUAGUUCCUCCUCCAGCUCCUGCCGCUGGAGGGUUUGGGAGAAGCUGCAGAAUAGAGGCAGGCUCGUUUCUCCAGGGGCAGGGGGUGAGGACAGCUGAGUUGUCCUGCAAAGGUGACGGGGACCUCGACCCUUGCUGCUCAGAGGCCCCAUGCUAGGAGCGCACCCAAAGUCAGCUGCUCCCACCCCACGGGGCAGGCCCUCCUGGGCGUGCGCUUGCCCACAUGGACCUGCUAUAGGGCUGGGCUAGAGCAAACAGGCUACGAGCCUAGGGCCUGCUCCCCUCUAUUCCCAGUCCCAGCAAGAGCAGCCCCUCCAUCGUCCCCUGCUGCUCCAGCUAUGCCUCAGGCCGAGGGCUCACCAGUGCUGCUGCCCUUGGUGCGCUCCAUUUUCUGCCACAAGAAGUAGACGCCCAUGGAAAGGAGAAUCAGAGCCAGGGAUGCCGAGGCUCCCACCACUACGGGGACAUCGUGUUUAUCCAGGCCCAGGAGCCAGCUCGUGCCAACCGGGGACGCCUGCCUGCAUAGGGCCAGCAGCGAGAGGGGCACAGAGAUGUGCCAGGAGCCCAAACACACCCAGGCCCAUAACAGGAUGGAUCUCAACCAUGCACGAUCCCCUGCCUACCAUCUCGGUGCAGCUACCUCUGGGGCCAGAUGUGACAGCUUCUUGGGAGCUCACGGCAACGCCGCAGGACCGAGAGGGCAGGAACAGCCCGCAGGAGGCACGAAGCUGCCAUUGUGAUGUGGGGAUUGCAGUACAGUUUGAGCCCAGGACCUUACCUUUCUGUGGGGCGCAGCGCCCAGCCAGGGGCCUCCGUUGUGCUCUCGUGUCCCCCCAGGGUUGAUAAUCGCUGCACGCUGGGGGCAGUCCCGGAGGGCGGAGAAGACACCACGUGAUGGGAUCUGGCUGGGGUGCCCUUGCUCCAGCUCCCCAGGGGAGACUUGGUGACCCUGGCCGGCACCCAAACCACGCUGCCGUGAGGGGCUGAGAGGCCACAUUCCCGACCGUCCUGCUCCAGGGCCGGCAUCAGGGUGGAGACCUCUGCUGCGGGCAGGAGCCUUCUGGCAGGGGAGGAGCUCGAGCCUGGAGACCAGGAGAGAAGCGCUGCUUGACUUGACGCCAGCGGGAUUGUCCAGGACCCGGCAUGGGAAUGCCCCAGAUGAAAGACUUCACCAACGCACAGCUCAGCAGGGCUGCCGGGAGCGCGGGGCCCUGGACAGCAGCAGCAGAGACCUAGUCUGGGGGGACCUUGGGCGGUGCUGUGGAAACCUUGCACCAGGACUCACUAGGACAUGCAGGGCAGCCACUAGCGUUAGGGUCAGAACAAGCCAGGUGCUUCAGCGCUCUGUGCCCACGGCUGGAGAACUCCAGAGGUUUCAGGACUCGACAGCGAUUCCUGGGGGCACCAUCUUCUCCCUGGACCCACCAGCACCAGCAUCCCGGCCCCAAGCCGACUGAACCCUGCAGCACCGCUGGGGCCUGCUUGGAAGAUGUGGACUCAUGCUUACCUGGCUCUGCAUGGCCGCAGCUACCUCUGAUGCAGCAGAGCUGUGGGAUGCUGGAGAGAAGCAUGCAGAGCACCAGGUCCUUCAUGCUUCUCACCCGGUGCUCACGGCUCUGGAGAAGCUGCUCAGGUCACGGCCACCUGGGAGAAGCAGAAACAGAGGGUGGAGAUGGACCCCCCCGCUGCCCUGGUCCCAGCCCUGCCCCUGCCUUGGAGAUGCUCCCCUCCAACAUCAGACCCUGCCAGUUGGAAGAAGUAUUAGCGUGCAAUGGUGCUGUGCCCAGAUGCCAUGCUACAGAGCCCUACCACAGUCCCACCCAGAGACAGGCACCACCCCAGGUCCUGGCUGUACACUCCCCACACAGAGAUGUCUCCUUUGUCGGGGAAGUACUUGCACCAGCUGCAGCCAGCCAUCACCCUCAGGUCCCUGUUCAGUCUGCCCUUGGCGCAGCCUUAGAGAGCAUCCAACCCCUUCUGCCUGUGCGUGGGGGAGGCUGGAGUCCAUGUCCUUUCCAUUCCUCCUCUGUGAACCAGAGACCCUGCUGCCGCUAGCCUCAGAUCCCCACAGUGCUGCAGCGUGGUCUCUAGAGAGCACGAGGAGCCCUGGGCGGAGGGACCUGCUGAGUGAUGCCUCGCAGAGCACGGGGCGGGAGGAAGAUUAUCGAGCACACGAUCAAUUAUUCCAAUUUCUAGCAAAGAAGUUAGGGUCAGAACAAGCCAGGUGCUUAAAAAGACACAAGCAACUGAGAGGGACUCGUUUUCCUGCAAACAGCUCACCAGGUUAAGCUGCCAGGGCACACGUGGGUCAUUCACCUGCUGGCAGCUGGGUUUCACCCAUCCCCCUACCUGCCCCCACAGGACAAAGCCCCAACCUGGCCCUUCUCCCCCCAGAGUGGCUGCCUGCUGCCCAGGCUCUGACACCUGUGUCCCCAGCAAGGCCCCUAGAGCCAUGGCCAGGGAAGCAGACAGGAUGGUUAAAUGCCAGUUCCCCUUUCCCCGACUGUGCAGCUUGUUACGUUUCUGCACUCCAGCCAGCUAAGGGCAGCAAAACUCGCCGGCUCAGUCUGACCCACUCUCCCCAGUUUCACUGCUUUGCUUCUGGGCACUGGUGCCCAACUGUUUGCUUGGAUUUUCAACAAAACACUGCUUUCGCUGUUUUGCAAAAAAAAAAAAAUUGAACUUUCCAUCCAUAGUCAUUUUUUUUCCCUAAUAAAGUUUCUAUUUGGGGCCUAAA